AAGACCACAUAGUCGGUACCUUCCCACUUUAUCAAUCCCUUGUCUCAAUUUGCUCUCGUUUGAUCAUUUUCACAAACACUUUUUGAGCUUAAUUUAUGAAUAAAGAUUGAAUCUUUUUCGCAGCAGUUUGACUCAUUUAUUUCUUUUAUUUGGUUUGCCCACUUUGUAAAAAGUGCUUUGAAAAUGGAGGAAGGCGUGGCGUGCAUGAAUGGAAAGUGCCCAUCAUCAAACUCAGUGUCUGAAUGGAAAAAGGGCUGGCCUUUGCGAUCGGGUGGCUUUGCUAAGCUCUGCGAAAAUUGCGGGACUGCCUAUGAACAACUGACUUUCUGUGAAAUGUUCCAUUCGGAGGAAACCGGUUGGAGGGAGUGCACUUCAUGUGGGAAGAGUCUCCAUUGUGGUUGCAUUGCAUCUAGUUCGUUGUUUGAGCUGAUCGACACAGGUGGCGUGAAUUGCAGAGGCUGCUCUAAAUCUCCUUCUGAGGAAAGAGACAAAGCAUGUGAUCUUUCGGCAGAAAAUGGCACCAACCAGGAUUUCGAAACGAUGGUCCCCCCAAAAUCGAGCGAUGAUGCUACAAAUUCAAAAAAACCCGAAAAUGAUUUUUCUGGCUCGGGCGAACAAAGAGGUUAUAACUGGUUAUCUACUUUUUAUCAAGAAAAUAAAGGCCCCGGAAUUUUACACUCGUCGUUAGUCUCGACUGAUUUGAGCAUAAGCUUGUGUUCUCCUUCGUCAAAUGCGAAACCGAGCACUGUAAGUUCUUCCUUUCAACUGUCGUGUAGGCCUCGCCAGCUCAUACCGAGGCUACCGAUUCCUGUUCUUGCAGCAGGUUUGGAUACAAACCCGAAUUCCAUUCCACAGGUCCGUGUCGCGAGGCCACCUGUCGAAGGACGAAUCAAGAAUCAGCUGCUUCCACGUUAUUGGCCUCAAUUGACGGACCAGGAAUUGCAGCAAAUUUCGGGAGACUCGAACUCUAGGAUUGUUCCGUUAUUCGAGAAGGUUUUGAGUGCAAGUGAUGCGGGUCGAAUAGGUCGUCUAGUUCUACCUAAAGCAUGCGCUGAAGCGUAUUUUCCUCCGAUCUCUCAUCCCGAAGGCCUUCCCCUAAGGAUUCAAGAUGUGAAGGGAAAAGAAUGGCUUUUUCAGUUCCGGUUUUGGCCGAACAAUAACAGCCGAAUGUACGUUUUGGAAGGCGUGACUCCUUGCAUCCAGUCGAUGCAACUACAAGCUGGAGAUACUGUUACUUUCAGCCGUAUGGAUCCGGGUGGAAAACUUCUGAUGGGAUUUCGAAAAGCAUCGAACGCUACUUCUGCCCACAAGGAACCACCUGUUUUCGCGAAGAGGAGUAUUUUCGUUGCUCGUGUAUCUGGAGUGACAAAGCCUACGAAACCUGUCGAAUUCAGGGAGCACGAGCAGUGGACUCAAUGCGAUAGUUGCUUCAAAUGGCGAAAAGUGCCGAUCGACAUCCUUCUCCCUCCCAAGUGGACGUGCCACGAAAAUAUCUACGAUUAUACAAGAUGCUCGUGUUCUGCACCGGAUGAAUUGAGCCCCAGCGAGCUCGAGUAUCUGCUCAAAAUGAACAAAGACUUGACGAAAUCAAGAAUCGGGCCAAGUCUCAUCAAACCUGCACAAAACGAGCACGAAACUCCCGACCCACAAAACCCGACAAACCCAUCAUUAGCCGAGACGGGUGAACGAGGUGCCACGUCAUCGGCUGCGGCCACCACAAAGCACCCGAGGCACCGGGCAGGCUGUUCGUGCAUCGUGUGCAUACAGCCGCCGAGCGGCAAGGGCAAGCACCAGCCAAGCUGCGUGUGCAAUGUUUGCUCGACCGUAAAGCGCCGCUUCAAAACACUCAUGAUGAAAAAGAAGAAACGCCAAGAGGCCGAGAUCGCGCGUGGUGGGGCCCACCACACCACCAGCUCGGAAAAUGCGGAGGCGGCUUUGUUGAAGGGAGGUGGGUUGGAUUUGAAUUGCCGUCCAAGUCAGGAGAAUGUGGUCAGCAUGACGAGCCUCGUACGAGAAGCUAGUUUGCCUCUCGAGGAGUAUUUGAGGCAGCACGGGCUCACGAGCUUGGUAUCGGACGAGCGAGCACAACCGGUAGAGAAUGCUGACAUGGCUCAAUCACAGGAGGAGGAUCAUGGUAUUUCUGCUGCUGUGCAAGGACAUGAAGAGGAUGGUGAUAAUUUCUCUGAAAAGGGAUCAAAAGAAGAAUGAUUCUUGAUUUUGCCUUUUUUUUUCAUCUCCUUUUGUUGUAUUUCCUUAUGAUUCUCUGAGUUGACAGUAAAGUUCAAAAUAAAUGUAGAACCUUUUCAAGUCCAGAAAUGAACACACAUUAAGAAUAUACAGGAGUAUUAUUAACUGUGAUGCAUUCAUUGUUCUUUCCUUAACUGUAAAGCCAAG